CUGCUAGCCCAGCUUCUCACUGCUGCUGCUUCCCUUCUUCGCUCUAUGCGAUGUGAAGUUCUCCAUCGGCAGGCUUGGCGCUUGAUCCAGGACUGGUGAUCUCUUUCCUCCUUUUUAUCUCUUUUUUCCCUCUCUUUCUGUUAAAGUUGUUAUGUAAUGUAAGGCUUACUUGAACUUCCUACAAAACUCCACAGCUUAGGCAGAUAUAGUUGUGAGGGGGUUGAUGCAUAUAGGAUAACUGUUUUAUAGAAUUCUGCUAUAAAGUUUUUUUUCCUCUUAUGUACAGAUCUUGAGUAUUUUUUCACUUUAAUCUAACUAGGGUAUUUGUGAACCCUAGGGAACCUCUCCCUUCCCUCAUGGGCACAACGUGACAGGUGCAAUGAGAGACAAGGCUAUGAGGCUGUAGUAUCCACUUGGUACCUUCUAAAUAGUCUUUCACCUGUGGACCUUGACUCUUCUUGAGCAUUUGCAUGUGUGUGAAGAACCAGUUUUCUUUGGCAUGGGCGAUUGGGGUCAGUUUCUCUUUCUCUAGCUUUGACUUUAACACACUGGUCCCAGAGUUUGCACGUAGGAAAGUGCCCUGUGGGAGGACUCUACUGAUACUAUUUGUCAUCUCAGUGACCUCAAUUCUGAGUUGCUUGUAACCAUCCAGGUAUCAUGGUGAGAACUGAGAUAGGUAGCCCUGAAAGGUUUUAAUUAAAAGUGGCACUGCUUGGUACUGUGAUAACAACUCAAAGCAGUGAGGUGCCAGGCAGUUGCUAAAUGGGGUACCUAGUGAGAAAAACAUUUUAAUGCAGCUUUUCUCUGCUUUAACACUAUGUAGGUACAUACUAUUUGGAAGGGUUAAUCCUAUUCAUCCACCAGUACAUGGGAGAAAGAAAACUGUGAGAUAAUACGUCUGGUGACAUGGUUGGCUUAAAAAUUUUUUCCUCGUUGCAGCCAUUAAUACUAAGAAGUAGUAAAUGUAAUCUAUAGCAGCUAGUAUAUACAUCAAUGCUGCGUUUUGUGCAAGGUGUCACUAGCUAAGUUGCCUUUGAGUUCAAAGAAAGAGAUGGUCUAUAUCUCUGCAGAAUUUGAACUCACGAUAAGCAAUUGCACGUUCUCUUCGAUACAGUGAGCUGUGUCUACUGGCAAAUGAGAUAGCUGAGGAUUGGUGCCCUGGCUGAGAGUCAGGCAAAGGAAAGGCAGCAUAGUUCUCUGGUGGGGUGUGCUAAGUGAUCUGAGCUGGGAUUGACCCUCAGUACCCAGAAUCUGCCUGUCCACUGCUUUCACCACUGCUCUAAAAGUGAUUAGGAAUGGGAUUUUAAGGUGUCCAGUGGGCUCAUUCAAAUAGAACAGAGAGAAUUUUAAAAGAAGGAUGUGGAAGAGAUUCCUGGACACUUUAAACUGCCUUUCAUUUUGGUGCUUUGCCAAGUGUACAGUGACAUUAAUAACUUCUGGAUUCCUGACAAGUGUGUGGUGUGUAUUUUUUAACUCAAGGCUAGACAGUGGGGAGUGCUGAGAGAGAUACGACUCAGAUAUUUUUGUACCUAACUGUGAGGACAAGAAUUACAGCUAUGAUCCUAAUUGAAGAGCUUGGCAGAGCUGGUGUGCUUGGAAUAGGUUAAUCUUCAAUAGAGAAUGAGGAUUACAUUUAACUGUUCCUAAAUAGUUACAGAUAAGUCAGCAUGUGAUCUCCUACUGUUUACAGAGAGCUACUUUUCUUACAAACGAAACUACUGAAAUUGAAAUAUUUGCUGAACCAAAACAGAUUUUUUUCAAAAGGCUUGAACAGAUGCCAAGGGAUGGACAUACGGUAGCCUUCUUUGUUUCCUCUGCUUAACCAGAGUAAGGACAUACACUUGUAAAAUUAUUUCCAAAGAUCUGUUAUAGCAAAGAUUUUCAUUUUGCUAGUGGCAGUGCAAAUCAAAAGAAUCAUUUGCUUAGAACCACACAGAAGAAAGAAGGCAUGUAGACAUAAGGAAAAGGAUUAUCAGUUCUAGUAAGUGAUUUAUUUGAAUUUCCAUGAGCACACGUGGAUGAACUUUCCUUAUCUUUUAUAUGAUGCAUUAUAAUACUCAGUGACAGACUUAACUUUGCCCAGAUUUUUGCCUCCUAAGCAAAACUAAGUUAAAAAGCACACAACAACUCCGAAGGUUACGAUUUAUGUGAUGUACAAUUUCUGCAUGCUGCUGAUCUCGCCUUUUCUAUUGACUUCCAUUCAGAAAAUUGCUUUCAAAAAUGAAAAUAAAAAUCAGGUAGUCUGAUGUAAUUUUCCCUCAGCCACAAUUCUUUAUCUGUGACAGAGACAGUGUGGGGUGCAUGCCCAAUGAAAACACUGCUGACUGAAAUCAUAUUAAAGGACUGAUUUUGGAUUACAAGCUUGUACACAUAAACACACACAUAUUCCCCCUGAAGGUCUCUGCCAUUCCCAGCUAUGCAUCCAGAUAGCUGUAUUGCCAGCUGUGCUCUCAGGAGUCGCUGCCUUUUGAUUCUGUGACCUUCUGCAUCACCGAAUAGCCCAGGUGUAAUCACGGAGGGAAAGACUCCCUCCACUCCCUGCUGUUGACUUCUUCAUGGUCUUCUCGUUCACUACCAAAUAGAGAAGGAAGAAUGACUACUUUUUUACCUCUGCUUUCAUAGCUUUGAAGACUUAAAUUGUCUUGUAACUGUUUAUUUUUCAAACUAUGUUAUUUUUAUGCAAUUUAGCCUUAUGUGUUACCACCCCUAGCACCUUCAAAAUACUCUGCUGCUCUUUUUUUUUUAUUUUUAUUUUAUUUUUUCCCCCUGAAUAUUUUAAGGUUUGGCAAUAGGACCAUGCAGAUUUCUUCAGGAAUGUGGUCCAAAAACCUGGAGCUGAUGGAUCAAUGGUUGUUACACCACUGUUACACUUUUCAGAUCUGCUCAGCUUUUCUUUGUGGUUUUAUUAUUCCAGCAAUUUCCUCUUUAAAUCAAAAUGAACACUCAUUGGUGGGCAUUUAUUACUAUAGUUACUGAUACUACUAUGUUCAUUUUGACUAAAGAAAUGUGAAUAUUAAAAUAAUAGAUUUGGAUGAUAGCUUAUACUGAAUAUCACCUGACUUUUUAAAUUUUCCCAUGGUAAAACUGUAAAAUCAAGCUUGUAAAGGAAAGCCAGAUCAAUGGAAAUGAGAUUGAAAUGGGGCACACAGGGUAUAUUUACUGUAGUGACAGUCAGUGAUGUAUAGCCUUGCACAUCAACUAGGCAAGUGCAGGUGAAAUGCAAUGUAAGUUUGGUACAGUUUCCAAUCACAUGGAAGGUAAAUGAAACCAGAAGGAAAGAGAUCUUCCUUUGACACCAUGUGCUCAUUCCUCACAUUGUUUUCAUUUUAGAUAUUUAAAACAAGAUGUUUAAAAUAUUGGGCCAUGUAUAUUCUGCAUAAUAAACCUUUACCAGAAAAUUUCCCACUUGCCAAAGAACGCAUCCAACAUUUAAUAAUUAUGGAUGCAUUGCUAUAGCUCAAUUUCCAGUCUGUGUCUUCUUUUUUUUUUUUUUUUUAGCUUGGGCAAAUAAAUCUGUUUAUAACAGGUCUGAGUAAUGAUUAACACAUACAGAGUCCUCGUAAUAAAGCUGUAGUCUGCAGGUUUCUUUUCAGAUUUGUGACUGGUAACUGGAGCUAUUAUAUCUACAGUAAAUGGACUGUUACUGAAGAACUGUGAGUCUUAAAAAGGUGGCUAGAGGCAGAAGAAUGUGGCUCAAAAGUCAGAUCUUGCUCUUAUAUUGCAUUGCAAGUGAAGUUUGGAUGGCAAAGCGGCUUGAUGCUAGAAGAAAUUUGACCAAGGAACAUUAUUCUCUUGAAGACAGUGGUUCUGCAAAGUGGAACAGGCUGAAAAGGAGUCUAUAUCAGGGCAAGUCCUGCAGGAUACGAGGCUGCUGCACAGGAAGGAAUGAUGACUGCAGCUUUAACAUUGCUUCCAGAGCAGCUAUAUGUUACUGUGACCAGUUCUGUGCCUCAGGUCCUCCUGGCCCCAUAGACUGCUGCGCUGACUACUGGGAUACUUGUGAGAACACCAUUGAGCCCACCAGGUCUGAUGAGCCUUGGCCACCUUCAGCAUCAGGUUGUUACAAAGAUGGCCGAUAUUACGGAGAAGGAGCAAUAAUUAAAGACAACUGCAAUUCCUGCAAAUGCAUCCAAAGUAACUGGAAGUGUUCAAAUGAAGUAUGCCUUGUUCGCCCAGACUUGAUUCACCACAUCAAUUCUGGAGAUUACGGAUGGAAAGCUGACAACUAUACUCAGUUCUGGGGCAUGACACUGGAAGAAGGUUUCAGAAAGCGCUUGGGCACACUACCUCCAUCUCAUUCCUUGCUGAAUAUGAAAGCAAUUCCAGGAAGCUCCCUUCUGGAAGAAAAAUUUCCUGAGUUUUUUGCAGCCACUUACGCAUGGCCUGAUUGGAUUCAUGAUCCUUUGGACCAACGAAACUGUGGAGCAUCCUGGGCAUUUUCAACUGCAAGUGUUGCAGCAGAUAGAAUAACAAUUCAUUCUGAUGGCCAAAUCACAGACAACCUUUCUGUUCAGAACCUAAUCUCUUGUGAUACCAGGAAUCAACAUGGAUGUGGUGGUGGCAAUAUUGAAAAUGCUUGGAGAUAUUUGAAAACGCAUGGGGUCGUAUCCUAUGCCUGCUAUCCAUCAUUUUGGAAGCAUCAUGUGGAUUCACCAAGUGAAAAUCACUGUUAUGUGUCCAGUGAAUAUGGAAAAAAUCAUACAAAUGGGCCCUGUCCCAAUGCUUUAGAAGAUUCCAAUCGGUUAUAUCGCUGCGGCUCUCACUACAGGGUCUCCUCAAAAGAAACUGAUAUAAUGGAAGAAAUCAUGGCCAAAGGACCUGUGCAAGCUAUUAUGAAAGUCUAUGAGGAUUUUUUCCUUUACAAAGAAGGAAUCUAUAGACACUCCUACAAAGAGGGAUCCAAAUGGAAAACUCACUCAGUGAAACUCCUUGGCAUUGAGCCCAUGAUUGGCAGUGUCUGGAAAACAAAAGCAAUAUGACUUGCCACAGUGGAAUUUUACCUCUAACCUGCGGUCAUACAACCAGUGGAAUUUGAAGGAAAUUGAAACAGCAAAUAUCAACAGGCAGAGCAUGUGUCUGGAUGAGGAGGCAGUUACACGCUGCAGGAUAUCUUUCCUGCAAAAUCUCUGUCAAGGAGAAGGACAUUGAGGUCCUGGGCUUAAAUGAGGCUGGAAAGAUCCCUGGUUUCUCAGUUCAGACACAGUCAUGGUACUACAGUGAAAAACUGUGAGCUUAUCCUGUUCAGUGUCUCUUCAUAUCAACUGUUACUCUGAAAAAUUUGGAAGCUGGGGUUUUAAAUUUGUCUUUUUUGCUUUUUUGUUUUCCCCUUUGAGUAGAAGUACAGCUAUUCCACACAGAUCAUUGCUGUUAACCCAGGGGAAUUGAUGCUGCUGUGGAUGUUUUUUACAAAGAUGACUUGAAACCCCGGAUUUCCCCAUCCACAUCAUAGGAUUUCUUGUUGUAUUUUUGCUAAUUGCCUUUCAAAAUGAUUGGAGCACCAUAAAUGCACCAAAUUAUUUGACUUUGGUCAUAUACUAGUAAGGAUAAUGGUGCGAUAAUUUCGUACGUUUUAUGAUUAAUUUAUACUGUGAAAAAAGAACUGUAAUAGAUGUUCACGUCUUUGGUUUUCUUUUUAUUUGUGCCCUUUAGCAGGCACCAGCAUCAUGGCCUAUGAACAGCAACUAAACAAGUAUUCACCUUAAAAUUAAGGAAAAGCUAGCAGGGUUCCUUAGGCAGUCAGUAGAUGUGCAAACAUACGCAUGCACCUAAGGCAUGCAAUGUAGAAUUCACUGAUUGAACUACACCCAGACGAUGGCCUUGGACCUUCUGCUACCAAAUAUCCAUGCAAAAUGAAGUUUAUCAUCUCAGAGCACUGAGCAAUUCAGCUCCAACUACAAAACAUCUGUCACUCAGAGGAGGGGACAGGCUUUGUGUGGUUUCAUGGAUAUUGCCACAACAUUUAGCGUGUCCUGAAAGAUGUUAGAGAAAUAUCAGGUUUACAUGUCAUUUCCCUCACUGUGCAGAAAACCAAAUUAGUUUGUCAGCAAUUCAAUCUGAGCUGAGAGCAGCCGGUCCCAGUUUACCAGCUAUAUUUGUAAAGGUGUUAGAUGAGAUCUUUAACAAAAAAGUUUCUGUGGUUCUUAAGCUGAAUUGAAAUGUGUUCACAUUAAUUUAAAUACUCCUACACAGUUGGGUUAGUUCAGCUGGCAAACUCUCCAAAGGAGAGAUUCUGUCAGUGAAAACAUUAGAUCAUUGCAAUGAGAUACUAUAGGCACACUUGUGCUCAGAAGUUUUUCUAGUCCCUGCUGACAAUUUGACUUGUGGCUAGGAGGACAAAUACCUUCAUUUUCAUUGGUGGAGGCGUCACUUGGUCAAGCUGUUUCAUCCCUGGUACUAGGGCAACUAUCAUUAGCUUUUCUAUUCUGGUUGCUUGUUUAAAGCUGCAAAAUAUGAUCAAAUGCAUUAGAAGCCUCACUUGUAC